GUGUGCCCCUCCAUAGUCCCUUCCACAGCAAAGGUCUAUAUCCUGUAAACACGCAAUGGCCCCCCUUGUGCUCAUAACCGGUGCCACCGGACUCAUUGGCUUUCCAGUACUCUUGGAAGCACUUAACAAUGGAUACAAUGUGCGCUUCACAGCUCGCUCUGGCGAAAAAGCUGAGAAAGUCACAUCCAACCCCGUCAUCCAGGCCCUUAGUCCUGGGGACCGACUGUCAUCCAUCAUCCUGCCCGAUACAACAGUAGACGGCGCCUUCGACGCCGCCCUACAAGAGGUUACAUACGUGAUCCACGUGGGCUCCCCAGUGCCAGUCCCCGGAUUCGACCCAAUCACGCAAGUAUGGGAGCCCACAAUCAAAGGCGUAUCCAAUCUACUCGCGUCAGCACUGAAAUUCCCAAACAUCAAGCGAGUCGUGAUCACAUCCUCAAUCGUCGGAAACAUGCCUCCAAUUCCCGAUCCAUUCACGACAAUCACUGCCGCGUCACGGGUCCCUUUACCCGGUCCUCCGCCAACGAGCUUCUCCAAUCUGUUCGAAGCAUACGCAUUGGCCAAAAUCACCGAAGCAAAUAAUACAGACGCAUUUGUUGAAAAGAACAACCCCCAUUUUAGUGUGGCACACAUCAUGCCCGGCUACGUCUUCGGACGCAACGAGUUGGCUCUUACUGCGGACCAGGUCCUUAAAGAGAAUAGCUCAAACACAUACUUAAUGGCCCAUAUAACGGGCCAAGAGAUUCCGUUUCCGUUGCAUGGUGGCUAUGUCCAUAUUGAUGAUUUAGCCGAUGUUCAUUUGAAGGUACUGGGUCUUGAACCGGGACCGGAAACUCCUAGAAACUUCGGUGCUUGUACCAACCUUGAUUACUCUGUUCUCUUUGGUUCUAUUGAGAAGUUCUUCCCCAAGGCCGUUGCAGAUGGGACAUUUCAACGUGGAAAGCUGGCUACUUUGCCUUUUGCCUACGAUUCGAGUGAGACAGAGAGAAUUUUGGGCAUAAAGUUCCGCUCAUUUGAGGACGCUGUCGUGGAUGCCGCGAGACAAUAUCUGGAGAAGCUGGGUAAGGAAUUGGCAUGAUGUUUUAUAUAAAGCUUUUGUGGCAUUCGUAACGAUUGGAACCAACAUAUUCUAGAGGGUAAUACCGACUUUUUCUAUAACGAUCGGACAUAGUUUAUUAUAGAUUUGUGUAUCCCCGGCCUAAUGGAUGCUGUUGAUUCAAAUUUUGACGCUUUCUUCAUAGCGGAUGCUCUUCAC